CUCUCUCCUCUCAUCUCCGUUUCUAGGGUUUUCUCUCUCCUCCAAUCUCCCUCCCCAAUGGCGGACGAAGCUCAGUACUCCUCCGAUGCGGGCAUCAACAAGCGCAAGUACGAGGAGCAGACCGGCCUCUCCCCGCCCCCUCCCCGCCGGCCGACCGGAUUCUCCUCCGGCCCGAUCCCCUCCGCCUCGCCGCCCGACUCCGGCGGCGCCGCCCCGCUCUCCUACAAGAGCGUCCCGCCUCCCCCUCCGCCGACGACGCAGGCGCAGGUCCAGAACGCGAAGCAGCGCGCCCAGGAGAUCGCCUCCCGCCUCCUGUUCAACGCCAGCGCCGGGGUGGCUGCGGCCGCGGCAGCCGCGGCGGCCGGCGGCGGCGGCGGCGGCAGCGGAUUCGACGUGAAGCGCGCUAGGGUUGAGAACGGGAGUGGAUUUGAUUCCAUCGAGAAAGAUGGGAAGCCCAUGAUGAGUACACCAUCAGCGAUUCCUGUUUCAUAUAGCUAUGGCCAGGGGACAAGCAAAAAGAUUGAUAUUCCUAACGGCAGAGUCGGAGUAAUUAUUGGUAAAGCUGGUGAGACCAUCAAGUAUCUUCAGCUCCAGUCUGGGGCUAAAAUUCAGGUCACUCGUGACAUGGAUGCGGAUCCCAAUUCACCGACUAGGCCGGUAGAACUAAUGGGUACACCUGAACAAAUUGCCAAGGCUGAACAAUUGAUAAACGAUGUUCUUGCUGAGGCUGAAGCAGGGGGCUCAGGCAUAAUCUCUAAAAGAGUAACUGGUCCAACUGGAUCUGCUGAUCAAUUUGUGAUGAAGAUACCAAAUAACAAGGUUGGAUUAGUUAUUGGCAAAGGUGGCGAGACAAUUAAAAACAUGCAAGCCAGGACUGGUGCUCGUAUUCAGGUUGUACCCUUACACCUUCCACCUGGUGAUCCAGCAAUUGACAGGAAUUUGUAUAUUGAUGGCACAAGUGAACAGAUUGAGGCUGCAAAACAAUUGGUUAAUGAAGUUAUUAGUGAGAAUCGUAUGAGAAAUUCCUCAAUGUCUGGAGGAUACCCUCAGCAGGGUUACCAGGCGAGACCUCCUGCAAGCUGGGCUCCCCCUGGGCCGCCACAAAUGCAGCAACCUGGUUAUGGCUAUGCACAACCUGGAAUGUAUCCAGGCGCUCCACCCCAAUAUAACAUGGCUCAGCCACAAUAUGGAGGUUAUCCUCCACAACCGACUUCUGGUGGAUAUCCCUCGAGCUGGGAUCAGUCUGCAGUCCCACCAUCUCAGCAGACUGCACAGGGUGGUGGUUAUGAUUACUAUGGCCAGCAGCCUCCAACACAGCAACAGCAGACCCCAAGUGGUCCUACAGGAGGGGCAGAUAGCUCGGGUUACAAUUACAACCAGCCGCCAGCUACUUCCUAUCCACAGCAAGGGCAAGGAUAUGCACAGGAUGGAUAUGGUGGUUAUCAGGCACCUCAGCCUGGUUAUGGUCAGCCUCCUCCUUAUGAUCAGCAACAAGGUUACAACACUGCUGCUGGCUAUGGCACAAAUCCAGCGCAAGAAGGGCAUACUCCUUCCUAUGGAGCUCAAGGGGAUACUGCUCAGGCACCACCACCGGUCCAGCCUUCAACUGCCGGUCAGCCAGGAUACGGUGCCAGUCAGCCACCAAACCCAACCCUUGCUGGCUAUCCUCCCCAGGGAACUGGUCAAGCAGGUUAUGGCAUGCCCCCGACUUCUCAAGCUGGCUAUGGCAACCAAUCGGCUGCGUAUGCAGCGGGCUAUGGACAACCCCAAGCCCAGAAGCCACCUGCUAAUGCUCCGGCUUAUGGAGGAGCUCAACAGUCUCCAAGCACACCAGGAGGCUAUAGUCAGGCCCCUAGUGGGCAGCCAGGCUAUCCCCAGUCUCAGCCACCAUCGUCAGGUUACUCUCAGCCUGAUGCUGCUGCUGCCCAACGUGGUCCCCCUUCAGGAUAUGGAGUCCCACCUUAUGGUGCAGCGCCUGCAACUCAGCCGGGCUAUGGGCAGCAGCCACCAACAUAUAACAGCUACAGUGGUGGUUAUCCGCAGCCUCCUGCUUAUGCUGCUGAUGUUGGUGCCGGGGGUGGUGGUGUGCAGGGUGCUCAACAGAGCUCGUCUGCGAAAACGUCGCCCCAGAGUUGAUUACAAGUGGAAAUGUGGGAUGUCAUGUUAUAGUUUUGUUCCCGUGCUCGCCGUUGUCCAAGAUUAGUUAGUCUCAUGGUUUUAGAACAACUUAUGCUGUAGGAUACUUGCUACCCAUGUUUUGUGCUUUGGUCAUUUUGGAUUAGUUGUGUAUGAUGCCUGCAUGUUAUGCGUACUCUUUUCAUGUUAUGAACCUUAUGUUUUUUGUGACUGCUCGAAGGUAUUUCGGUAACCUAUGCCGAUGGAUGAGA